AACAAUAAUAAAAUAAAAAUAUGAUUAUUGUGUAUUCUAUAGUACAUUACAUAUUCAUUGAUGCUCCCUUUUCAAUGAUUAGAGUGUAAACCUUUCAUGCAUUAUAUGUAAAAGCCCAGCACAACCCGUUUUCGAAUACUGAGGGAGCUAAAAUUCCGAGGACUAUCCCACGUCUUUUUUGCUGCUCCAUCCCACUUUUCUUUGCUCCCCAAUUUGCUUCAAUCCUUUUCAGGUGGUUUGACAAUGGCGGACGAGGUGGUUCUGCUGGAUUUGUGGCCCAGCAUUUUUGGGAUGAGGGUCAGGAUCGCGCUCGUUGGGAAGGGGAUCAAGCACGAGUCUAAGGAAGACGACUUGAGGAACAAGAGCGAUCUGCUUCUCAAGAUGAACCCGGUUUACAAGAAAGUCCCGGUUCUCAUCCACAACGGGAAACCGGUCUGUGACUCCCUCAUCGAUCAUCGUUCAGUACAUAGACGACUAGACGAGGUCUGGAACGACAGCUCUCCGUUGCUGCCCUCUGAUCCUUACCACAGAGCUCACGCCGGCCAGGUUCUGGGCUGAUUUUGUUGAUCAGAAGGUAGUGCAUGCGUGCGUCUCUGCAAUUUCUUUUUUCUUUUCCUUAAUUAAUAGGAGUUCAAAUCAAUUAGUUUAUUGUUUAAUUUAUAGGUU